UUAAGUAGUGGGAUGUUUUCAAAGAUCAUUUUACAAAUGGUUAGGCGAAACCAGGUCAGUGAAGGCAUGUUCUAUAUUCAUGGCUAAUUUCUUUCUCUCUAGAGCAUUAAAGGUGCAGAGCUCAGGGUGCUAGAGUUCAAGAGAGAGUGCAUGCAGGGACUGUGUAACAUCAUCAGGAAAGUGCAGGACAAAAGCCCCCUCAAGUAUCUGACUGUUAGGCAGAUGGUGUGCCUGGAUCUGUCAGUAAUGUAUAGAGAACCAGAAAGAUGCAGGAAUCACAUGAAAGGGCUGGUUCAGAGGUUUCUCCAGGACAAACAGCUAACUAAUACUUCUGCGGGGGAUGUCAUACUGCAGCAGUUUGACAGUCUCCUGUCCUUGGAGAGCCGGAGUGAGGACUUCCUCUACUUUGCUCCCAUGCAGAAGAGGCUGGACAUCUUCCUGAGCAGUGCCAUGGAGCCUUAUCCAGAGCUGUGGGCCUUCUGCAAGAAGCUGCUCAUCCUCUCCCACGGCCAAGCUACUGUUGAACGUGGAUUCUCCAUCAAUAAAGAGGUGGAGUCAGAUAAUUUGCAUGAGGACACUGUGGUCACACGGAGGCUGGUGUGUGACUACAUUAUACAACAUGGAGGUGUUACCAAGGUUCCACUCAGUAAACCACUACUGACAAGUGUAGCAAGAGCAAGGACAAGGUAUCGUAUCCACCUUGAGAACGAAAGAAAGAAGAGGGAGGCAAAAGACCAGGCUCUCAAGAGGAAGGAGGCAGAGGACUGUCUGCAGGAGCUGAAGGUGAAGAGGAUACGCGUAAAGGAGGUAUCUGAGGGUCUGGCUAGGGAUGCGGACAGGCUGGCUGAGCAGGCUGAAGCAAAGGCAGGGAGCAAAAUGGCUGACCUGAUCUCCAGGUCCAACCUCCUGCGGAGAGGCCAUAAGGAGAAGUUGGUAGAACUGGCUCUCCUUGAUAAAGAGAUCGCUGCUAAAAGUGAAGAGCUUAGGAGUUGACUUUGAUCUUUAUUUUAUUUAUUGUUGAGUUGAUUUUCUUUGUUUGUUGUUCUGGAGUCUCUCUACUCCCCAUAUUCCCAGCAUGGAAUAAGCUAGCUAAUAAAUAGAUUUGUCACACCUC